AUGGCUCAGGAAAACUCGGCCUUCUCUCCUGGGCCGGAGGAGCCCCCCGGGGGUCUCCCCCGCGCCCUGGCGGCGCGCGCCGAGCCCCGUGAGCCUCCUGAGCGUCCGCCCCGACGGGGCCGCCAGCGCUACGUAGAGAAGGACGGCAAGUGCAAUGUACAGCAGGGCAACGUGCGGGAGACGUAUCGCUACCUGACAGACAUCUUCACCACGCUGGUGGACCUGCAGUGGCGGCUCAGUUUGCUCUUUUUCGUGCUCGCUUAUGCGCUCACUUGGCUCUUUUUCGGCGCCAUCUGGUGGCUAAUCGCCUACGGCCGAGGGGACCUGGAGCACCUGGAGGACACGACGUGGACGCCUUGCGUGAACAACCUCAAUGGCUUCGUGGCCGCCUUCCUCUUCUCCAUAGAAACCGAGACCACCAUCGGCUAUGGGCACCGCGUCAUCACAGACCAGUGCCCCGAGGGCAUCGCGCUGCUGCUGCUGCAGGCCAUCCUGGGCUCCAUGGUCAAUGCCUUCAUGGUGGGCUGCAUGUUCGUCAAGAUCUCACAGCCCAACAAGCGCGCCGCUACGCUCGUCUUUUCCUCGCAUGCUGUGGUAUCUCUGCGCGACGGGCGCCUGUGCCUCAUGUUCCGCGUGGGUGACCUGCGCUCGUCUCACAUCGUGGAAGCUUCCAUCCGCGCUAAACUCAUCCGCUCUCGCCAGACGCUGGAGGGCGAGUUCAUCCCCCUGCACCAGACAGACCUCAGCGUGGGCUUCGACACUGGCGAUGACCGUCUCUUCCUCGUCUCCCCACUUGUCAUCAGUCACGAGAUAGAUGCCUCCAGUCCCUUCUGGGAGGCGUCACGCCGUGCCCUCGAGAGGGACGACUUCGAGAUCGUGGUGAUCCUUGAGGGCAUGGUGGAGGCCACUGGGAUGACAUGCCAAGCCAGGAGUUCCUAUCUGGUGGAUGAGGUGCUGUGGGGUCACCGCUUCAUGUCCGUACUGAGCCUGGAGGAUGGCUUCUAUGAGGUGGACUAUGCCAGCUUCCAUGAGACCUUCGAGGUGCCCACACCCUCCUGCAGUGCCCGAGAGCUGGCUGAGGCUGCUGCCCGGCUUGAUGCUCACCUCUACUGGUCCAUCCCCAGCAGGCUGGAUGAGAAGGUGGAGGAGGAAGGGGCGGGAGAAGGGCAGGACUGGGGAAAUGGAGGAGACAAGGAGAAGAAUGGUCGCCUGCCACCCCCAGAGAGUGAGUCCAAGGUGUAG